ACGUAUUUCUGUUGCGUACUUGCAGCAGCUCCCAUUAGUGAGCGGGGGGAGGAGUAAAAGAAAAGUUGUUUUCUGGAGUUUCUACAUGGCUGCAAUAUGCAGAACUCCAAGGCCAAAAUGGACGAAUUUAAGUCGAAAUUCAUGGACAUGCUGCACAAACAGACGAAUCGACAAAUGAAAAUUCCUGCCAUGGGCUUCUCGGACUACUUCAUCCAAACGGUAACAACCGAUGCCUCACCCAAUGAUGAAGUGGAUACCACCGACGAAGCCUCGGCCGGAGCAUCGAACGCACAAAGAUCGGAUCAGGAAAUCCUAGAGAGCAUUGAAGAAUGCUACUAUAGCCCUGACAGCAACCCGCAGCUGUAUGAACUCAAGAAAGUUCUUAGCGACGGCAUCGACAACGAGCUUAUCGAGGUCACCAUUGCACAAUUGCGCACACAACAAAAGGUAUUGACCAAGCAGGUGCUGCAGAACAUAUUGGAGCAGCGCAAUGCUUGCAGCAGUGAGUUUUCCGCCAUCAAUGACACGCAAAAGAAGCUUGAGGAGUCGCUCUGGACGUGUCAGAAGGCGAGGUCCUAUUUGAACUUCGCUCGCACAAACCUUACCACGACCAGCUUGGAGAUACUCGCCAGUUACCGCAAGCGGGAGGUUCUCAAAGAGGUCUUGGACACUCUAUUGGCCAUAAGGAAACUGCGCACAACUGACGUGGAGCUGCAAAAACUGCUAGCAGACCAUAACUACAGCGCUGCGAUUGCUCUCCUGCUCCAAUGCAAAAGCUCCGCAGAGGCCUACAUGCAAUAUAAUUGCGUGCAGUCGCUCUACAAGAAGCUGCAGGAGACCAUGUUGCUUAUGGAAUAUCAACUGGACACGGUGCUGAAUGAGAUGGUGCUGAACUUUGAUACGCGCAAGUAUGCCAAGCUGCAGGAGGCCUACAAGUUGGCAAACAAAUCGCUGAUGGCGAUGGAUCAGCUGCACAUCAACUAUAUUUCGGCCAUUCAUUCCUCGGUCAAUGCUGUGCUUCGUGGCUACAGCGAUCCCAAUCAGGACGAUCAGAUCAAGCUACUCUUUGAACAGUUGUGCGAGCAACUAAACUCUGAAAAGCUUAUACCCUGCCUGAUAAGCUUGUGCAAAACGUUCUGGACCAUUUUGGCCUCCUACUAUCAGGUUGUGAUGUGGCACAACAACUACAAGCUGUAUGGCCACGAGGAGGCUGAAUCUCCCGAUGUCUACAUCCAGCAAAAGCUAAAAAAGGGCCAGUCACGACUCUGGAACGAUAUACUGACCAAAGUGUGCCUAUUCCUGCAGAGCGCCAAGCUGACUGCGCUUAAAUACGACCAGUUCAUCCAAGUGAUGUCCAUUGUACAGCGUCUGAAGAAAGUGGGAGUGGAGUUCUGUGGCGAGCAGUCGGAAAAACUGAUUGAGAUCAUGCAGCAGCAAAGUGAGGAGUUCUUCAGGCGGUAUCACAUUUGCUGUGUGGAAGAGAUUUGCUUGUUCUUGGACAACGAAUCCUGGACGCCAGUAGACUCGUUUGCGCACAUCCUUCAACUGCCUGAAUUCCGUUCGGUCCGUCACACGCUGCGUCGUCACAAGUCGCCGACAACAGCGCUGUUGGCCUCCUCGAACAAUUCCCCGAUCAGCAACAAUAAUUGCGACGAGCUGGUCUCCGUACACUCACAGGAUGGUGGCAGCUCCAUCUAUGGUUCCUAUGGCUACUUUUUGCGCUUCUCCGAGAAAAGUUCGCCCUUUGACGGCGGCCUAGAUGCGGCUAUGCUUGAGGAGGAUAUUCUGUCUGGCAUUGUGGACGAGGCCUCCUGCUACUUCAGCGAGGAGAGCGACGACGAGCAGAAGAGUUUGCAGAGCAAAGAGUUUGACGAUGCUAGCAACCAACUGCUAGUGAACAAUACGGCCUUGAAUGUGCUGCGCUGCCUUGGACGCUACCUGCAAAUGUGCAAACUGCUGCAUUGCAUCUCUCCCAAGAUUGUGUCCUGCAUGCUGGAGCUUAUUGACUUUUACGUGUAUGCAGUUCACGAGAUCUUUGGCAAGGACGCGCUGGUGGCCACGGAUAAAAUGUAUACACCACGGCUGGAGCGACGCUUGCUCUCUGUGGAGGCGAAUGUUCUGCCACAGAUCAAGCUGUGGCCGCUUAACUUUUCCUCUCUGGCCAACAACGAGCUGGCCAAUCCAGACACUCUCUACGGCCUGCCGCAGCGCAUUGUGGCUGUGGAGGCUGGACGCAGUAUGUUCCAGCAAUUCCACAUUCUCCAGCACUACCUUAAUCACCUUUUACCCGUUUCCGAGCGUCCCCUGCUUGGCUAUCUGGAGUAUAGUGAAUACAUGUUGGAUCUGGCGAAACCAGUUUACACCUGCGUCACCUCGCGCGUCAUUGAUCUGUCGGCCAUACUGGCGCAAAUGGCCAAGGUCAAGUGGGAUGUGAAUCAUGUGAUACACCAGCAUAGCAGCUAUAGUGAUGUGCUGAAUCGGAACAUUCAGAGCUUUGCCAUGUGCCUGGAGGAGACGGCCAAAGAGGUGGCUGUUCCUAACAAGCACGUUUGGAAUUCCAUGGCCCAUGUGGCCACACACCUGCUCGUGGAAGGCUUUUCUAAUGUGAAGAAAUGCUCGGCCGGAGGGCGGGCACUGAUGCAAUUGGAUUUCGCCAACUUUAUGUCAUUCCUUGAGCUUAUCUCGAAUCAAAAGUAUCCCCAGCACCGCUCGUAUGUGGAUGUGUUCAUCAAAACGUAUUACUUCUCGCCGGAACAAUUCGAGCAGUGGAUCGAGCAACAACGACAUGAGGACGACUACUCCGCCAAGCAGUUGACAAAUCUGAUACAGUGCAUCUGUGCCAGUGACAAGCGCACAAGGCAAAGGCUGUUGCAGUUGCUGGACGGUCCAGCAAUGCCCAAUGGGGGAACGCCGACGACAACGCCGCAAAAGAAUAACUCCAGCUCUGGCUCGAAUCUGAGCAGUGUUAUCUGAGACCCCAUGAUAAUUUUCAUAUAUAUAUAUAUUUAUUUUGUUAUUUUGUUUGCAAACCGAUUUGGUUCAGCCCAACCCAACCGAACCAAACCCUUUGUUAGUAGAGCAAUCUCGUGACAUUCUUUCAAUGUAUUUAACAUUCCGUUUAGUGCAAAUUAACAUUGUGUUAAGGCUUACAUACAUACUUUAGUUACUUAGGCGAUCUCCAUGAUGUACUUCGUUUCGAAUUCUAAAUCUAUUUGAAUCUCUAUCCUAUCUCAACGCAAUUCGCUCUCUAUUCGCACUCAGAUGCAACACAAUUGGCGAUUGGUUAUUCAUUAACCGUGACUUAAGUACCUAGAGAAAGCAUAUAUACAUAUAUAUAUAAUAUAUACAGAAUCACACGUCGCAUUAUUAAGAUGCAUGAACAGCUAUUUAUUAAUAUCCUAAUUACCUAAUUGUAAUAUUUAUUUGCAGAAGGCAACGGACAAAUAAUUGUAAUAGAGCGCCGCUCAAUCAAUAGAAAUCGAUUUGAUUCGCGCGCUUACCGAACUAACUAACAUCCAAAAAUACACAAACACAAACACGAAUACUAAAUAGUUGUAACGUAACCAACCAACCACUAACAAAGAUAACAUAUUUUGAGAUAUGCAUAUUACAA